GACUUUGCAUAAUUUGUCAUACUGGAUAUUCAUGCCAUUGCGAAAUGUGAAAGAACGAACGUAAUAAAGGAGGGGCACCUGUGUGGAGUCAUGAAUUAUUAAUAGGAUUUGUUGGAUAACUGACGAUCUCAACGUAGGUGGGGUCGUCUUCAGAGAUGGACGAUGCUAGAGCGACCAUCCUCGAACAAGCUGUUCGUUCUUUCAAUGGCCGAGGAGAGCCAGGCCAGAUGCCACAGAUUCUUGGUUCACCUGAAGUAGCAGUAAAGGCUGUCAAUGAAUUCCAUCGAUUGGGCGUACUGGAGGAGACGCAACAGAAAUACAAUGAACUUGAUUUUACAAGUCCAGAAGUUAUGCUGAACGUCAAGAAAAUGAUGCUCCAGCUAAGUAUCACAGCCCUUGAGAACCUUGGUUUACAUCACGUGACCCCAAUGUUUGGUCUUGAUAAAAUCCCUCAUCUUAUGAUGGUAGUGAUCAGUGCAUAUCGGGAUUCACCUGAAGCCUGUGUAGUAGGUGGUACGCUUGCUAGAAUUGUUCGCGACUACCGAGGCCAGGUCGAUUUCCUAGCUGUCUAUCUCGCCGAAGCUCACCCGAAAGGAGGAAAUGCAAUGGGGAGUAAGUUAAGCUCACUAGACCAGCAUAGUUCCCUUGAAGAACGAAUUAUUGCGGCAAAGGAUCUUCUCCAUAUAGACGCAGACACACACGAUUGUAUGACCGAUGACGUCACUGAUGUUUCACAGUUCCGCAUCGUCGCUGAUCAGAUGGACAACCUCUUCUCCAGGAUGUUCCAGGCGCACCCAGAUCGUGUGAUAUUCUUACAUGAUGGCAAAUUAGUUUACAUCGGGAAGAACAUCAUAGAGCAUGUGCAGAACCCAUUACGAUUGAUGACGAACGAAGCUCGUGAUUGGUUGGAAGAAAAUGUCGGUCCAGGAAUGAAGAAAUAAGGAUUUUAGAUCGUGCACAAAAUGAUAAAUGUUAUAUAUUUGGCUAAUUCGGUAUAUGUCUUGAAAAUAUGACGUAUUUAAGAUCAUCGAUUGAUCUUCGGGCUGAUAUCUACAUGUACGAUAGAUUAGAUUGAUUAUUGUGUGGAAUCAGUUGUAAAAUCUGCUCCAUUGAUAUCUACUAUAGAUAUGAUUGAUUAUUGUGUGGAAUCAGUCGUAAAAACCCGCCGUAUUGAUUAAAGUUACACAGUAAAAAAUUGCUAUUUUAAAUGUUAUACAGCGCUGUUUACUCUAUGUACCUUUCAGUAUUUUUUUCAUUUCAAACAAUCGUUCAUCACUUAUCGUGACUUGAAUGGUUGAUAUUCAAUUUCGUUGUUUAAGAUUUUAAAAACUUGAUUAAAUCGUUUAAACAACUACUGUAAGACUCAUAUGGUAAACAGCGCUGUAUACAAAUUUUAUACAAUGUUUUUGCUUUGUAUAAUGCUCUAUUGUAUGUUAACGGAACCAUAUGCGCUGUAAACAAAGGAAAAUACAAUACUACAUAAUUUUUCGAAUAAUCAAUAAACAUAAGGGUCAAAAAGACGAAAAAGGCAUUUUCCUAAUAAUAUUAUGUGAUUUUACUUGCGAUUUUUAAAUUGUUUUUUCAUUAAGCUUGAAUACUCCUAGAUCUCCUAGAUAUACAUAAAGUAUAAAAAAGUAAGAAAGAAAGACAGUAAGAAAGAUAGUGAGAAAGAAAUAGUAACAAUCCUUCAGAACUACUGUAGUAGCAUUAAUUGUAUAUAAUCGUACAUCCAAUGUAUGUAGAGACUGUAUUUGUUUCAUAGUAACCAGGAAAAAACAAAAUAUAUGAAGCAUCUGCAGAAAACUUCCCUGUAGGGACGGAUGAAAGUAAACUAUUUUCCAAGCUUUAUUAUGAAACGAAUUUACAAACUAUUUGUUCAUCUAAAUUUGGUGAUUAAAUCAUGCAAAAAAUAAAUUUUCCUUUUUGUUUUUACUUUUAUUAUUGCUUUUAUUUUCAUAAUAGAUCCAUAUUUGUUAAUACCUCAUUAAAAAUACAUUCUGUAUUCAGUAGUGAAAGC